AUGGCGACUGCCAAGCAUGAACUUAUUAAGAAUUUCACUUCAGAGAAGGUCAUUCAUCACUAUAAGAUCCCCAUUAUAGGACCUGGAGCCGUUGGUGUGGCCUGUGCAAUCAGCAUCUUAUUAAAAGGCUUGAGUGAUGAACUUGUCUUGGUGGAUACUGAUGAAGGCAAAUUGAUGGGUGAGACAAUGGAUCUUCAACAUGGCAGCCCUUUCAUGAAAAUACCAAAUAUUGUUUUCAGCAAAGAUUACCUUGUUGCUGUAAAGUCCAACGUAGUGAUCAUCACAGCAGGCACAUGCCAGAUAAAAGGAGAAACACCUCUUGAUUUAGUCCAUCACAAUGUGUCCAUGUUUAAAUUAAUGAUUUCCAACAUUAUCCAGUACAGUCCCCUCUGCAAACUGACUGUUAUUUCCAGUCCACAUCAGACUUAACUGUUCAUGGAUAUCUUAACUUAUGAAGCCUGGAAAGGUAGUGCAUUUCCCCAAAACCGUAUUAUUGGGAGUGGUGGUCACCAGGACAGCCGGUUUUGUUUCCUGACUGGGCAGAGGCUUGGUAUCCACUCUGCAAGCUGUCAUGGGCUGGUCCUUGGAGAGCAUGGGGACUCCUCUAUUCCUGUGUGGAAUGGCGUGAACAUUGCCGGGGCCCUCUGAAGGACUGAACUCAAUCUAGGAACUGAUGAAGAUCCUGAGCAGUGGGAGAAUGUUCACUAA